UUGAUCUAUUUCAAGCCAUGCGAUAAGUUCUACUGGUACACAGACUUCUCCAAACAGAUAACGAUAGUUGCAAUAAUUGCUAUAAUUGAUUCUCUUACAAUAAUUAAGGUGCGAUUGAACUCGUCCAAGAUAACCUUUCAUGGUAUAAGACAAGAUCAAGCAAAGCGGAGAACGGAAAUCAACUUUCUCAAACAGGCGGUGUACCAGUUUCUAUUGUGGAUUGUUGAAAUGGUGUCUUACUUCUUUCUUAGUUCCUACUUCAAACAUGAAUUCAUUAAAUGGCUUCUCAACACUCUGACUUGGGCUCUAAUGCACGCUGGCGAUGGAUUCCUCAUAAUUGGGCUAAAUAAAGAAGUGCGUGAACUGUUCUGGAAUCCAAGAAGGAUAAUUUCAAAAAAAGGAAGGAGCAACUCGACAGCUGUCACAUGGGCGUUCAGACUCACUGCUCACGCUCAAAGCUAA